AUGGCUGGCAUUGACUCCAAAAAACUAGACGAUCUCAUUCAUCAAUCAAUGGGGGAAUUGGGAUCAGCUGUAAACAAUGGACUCAUCAAGACUUUAUUCAGAACGAUACUCAAGAAUGCAAGUGAAGAAAUCCUGGUGCAAGCAAAGAACAAGGCCAUCCUGAGUCUCAGGAAGGAGUUAGAGAAUAGAAAAUUGCCUUCUGAUACCUCUGGAUCUGUGCAAGCGGGAGGGUCAACUGGAGAAUUGAGCCGAGGGUUGAAACGAAAGCGAAAUGAUAACCACGAAAUCAUUCAAAAACCGGCAAUAGAACCGAUUUUUGGAUACAGUGGAACACCAGCAGACCAGAUUUUGUACAUCCGGAAGUUAACCAAGGCAGGUCCAGGCACAGUUAUUCAAACCGGUCAAUUCUUCCCUGCUACGUAUAAGCUUGGAAAAUGGGACUAUGAUUCUCGGGUCAAUUCAUUUGAAGACUGGAAGAAGGAGGAAGAUAUCAGAACAAAGGCUAUCUAA